GAUUAAAAGUUGCGUCAUCAUGCUAUGACGUGUCUACCUGUCGAGUGACGCAUGCGCAGAAGCCCACAUCGCCAUCAGGAGCAGCUUCCGCCAGUGUGAAACAAGGUGUCCUGUUUAUCAACAGAAAAACAUUUACUAAAAUGUCGGGAUUAGACAACAACCCUUUCGCCGACCCAGUGGACGUAAAUCCUUUCCAGGAUGCUUCUGUCACUCAGGCCACCAGAGGAGCCAUUGAUGGCAUGAGAGAAUACAACCCAUUCUCCACAACUGAAUUGACGGAUCGCACUGACACGACCAUCCCCAUCUCGUCUGUUUUGUCUCAACCUGCCGUACUGCAAACCUCUGUGGAGCAGAGUUCACAAGUAUCUGCUGCUGCUGCUGCUGGUCAAGCUAAUUUGAUCAAGCAGCAACAGGAACUGGAGAGAAAAGCAGCAGAGCUGGAAAGGAAGGAGCAAGAGCUUCAGAACAGGACAACCCAGAACACUGGCGUCAAAGAGAACAACUGGCCUCCCCUGCCGAAGUUCUUCCCUGUGAAGCCAUGCUUCUACCAGGACUUUGAGCAGGAAAUCCCAGAGGACUAUCGCAGAAUGUGCAAGAGAAUGUACUACUUGUGGAUGUUCCAUAGUGCUACACUGUUUCUCAACAUACUGGCCUGCCUGGCCUACUUCACAGCCGACACUCAGUAUGGUGUCGACUUUGGUCUGUCCAUCCUUUGGUUCAUCCUCUUCACCCCUGUGUCCUUCAUCUGUUGGUACAGACCCGUCUACAAGGCCUUUAGGUCUGACAGCUCCUUCAGCUUCUUUUUCUUUUUCUUUGUCUUCUUCUUCCAAGUGGCUGUGUACAUCAUCCAGAGUGUGGGAAUCCCCAAGUGGGGCAACAGUGGUUGGAUUGCGUCCAUCAGUAUGAUCAGGAUAAACUUGGCUGUGGCCGUGGUCAUGAUGGUUGUGGCUGGCUUUUUCACUGUAAACGCCAUCCUGGCCAUCAUCCUGCUGAAAAUGGUCCACUCCAAGUACAGACGUACAGGAGCCAGCUUCACCAAGGCCCAACAGGAGUUCUCGAAUGGUGUCCUGACAAACAGAACCUUUCAAUCCGCUGCCACGUCAGCUGCUCAGGGGGUCUUUGGCAGAAACUAAAACAUCAGCUCUUGCCCUGUGUCCAUGUUACCUAGAAGUAGUCAUAUAUGUGGUACACAAAUUGUAAUAAUUGGCUUUUAAAAAAAAACAAGUAACUUGACCACAAACAUGCUGCCACAUUGUUGUGGUUUGUGUUCAACACACUGGCAAGUGAGCUAUCCAGAGAGCAAUGUGGUGUAUAUAAUAAUUAUAAUGUAGAAGUGAACCUCUAGUUCUUGUAUGGUGUAUGACUUGCACAUGUUUUUAAAUGCACUCUACAGCACCCUCAUCAGUAUACAGUGCAGCAUGGUAAACAAGGCUGCUCACAGGUCUGGUUUGGGGAAUUACUAACAUAGCUCAAUUGGCCAAGGAGGCAUUGUGAAUUUCAUUGUAUUGCCACAAGAGAAGUCCUUUGAUAAUAGAUGUCAACAUUUCUGCACUACUUGAUAGAGCCGAGUCAAAUAAGUUUAUUUAGGUUAUGUCGCAAGUAAAAUAGGUCACUUUACGUGAAUAAUACUGCAGAAGGCAUGAUGGAGGUGGUUCUGGACAUGAUCGAUCGCCAUGAUAUAAAAGGUAAGCAGCUCAAGAUUUUGUGGUCUAGAAAUGAAAAAAACAGUCUUCAUGGGACUAUUGUCAAUUUGUUUCAUGGCGCAGCAAUUAUCUUGAGGUGAAGGUGGUAGUUUUGCCUCUGUUGUUUGUCUCUUUUGUAUUCUGAUAGGUAAUGAAGGGUAAAAACAUGAAGGACUUUGCAUACUGGGAGAAUGAAGCCAAAAUGAAGUUGUGGCUUAAGUGAGCAAUGCGUUUUAUGAAUGUAUUUUGAAUAUAAAUUUCCUGGUUGUUUGGAGCCCCAAAAGACAUGGGGUAGUUUUAUUUAUUCACGGUUACUGAGAGAAUUUAGACCAUUAGCAGCAAAGUAGAUUAAUGAGCAAAAGAACACAUUCAUCUGUCAGUUUUCAAUUGAGGGGUAAUUGUAUUACAGAUGACAGAAUAGAGUAGAAUAAAUAUAUUGUCUUUAUUUUAUUACUUGUGAAUAUACACCUGUGGUCAAAUGUUUUUGAACAUCUUAAUCAUUACAGUUUUUAAAUGUUCAUUUGCCCCCAAUCCAAAUCGUAAAAACAAUUGCUUACUUUCAGAACAUUCACAGCCAUUGCAAGAAGUUAUCAAUGUUCUGAAACAUGAAUUUACGAAAUGGCCACUGAUAAUGGAAAUGUGACUCCCAUGUUGUUGUUCUCAUGAAACAACACCAUGGGACCUUCCCCCCCCUCCCCCCUCCUUUGUGUCAAUAAACUGUAAAUGCAAAGUGUAGAUAUAGUAGUUGUUCCUAAUACUGAUUGAUCACUGUCUGUACCUUAAGUGAAUGUAAACUACCAAUUUCUGUGUGGAGAUUUUGGCACAAGGUUUGUGGUUAAUGUUCAUUUCUCUCUGUAGGAUUUUUCUAAAUGUGUAUUAAGACGCUUGUAUUGCUCAUCUAUUUUGAAGUAUACUUCUAGGGUUACUGAUAUACAGGAAAUUCAAUAAAUUCUUGAUGAAAGUUGAAAUUGUGAGUUUGUAAAAGUGUAAAUACAGACAAGUAGGUAGCUACUAGGCCUACUUUUGUUGGUUUUGUUCUUUAGGAAACAAAUCUAGAGAGACAAAUUGGUUUUGAAAAUGUUUGGUUCGUGUCCUCCACGUCAGUUUGAAUUUUGUCUUUAAACUGACCCAGAAGGCUAAGCACUGUAGACUGGAACCGGAAGAGACUGUUGAGGGAGCUACGACUGAGUAGAGUACGAGAGUUAGGCCUUUGUGUUGACAUAAAUGUAACACGUUUUUGG